CAAACUUCAUUUCAAAGAAAGACAGACAUCUGAAAAAAUUUGUUUUAGGCUCCGAGAGAAAGAUGGGAAGAGCACCUUGUUGUGACAAAGCUAAUGUGAAAAGAGGUCCAUGGUCACCUGAAGAAGAUGCUACUCUCAUAAACUACCUUGAGAAAAAUGGCACUGGUGGAAAUUGGAUUUCUUUACCUCAAAAAGCAGGCCUAAAGAGGUGUGGCAAAAGUUGUCGUCUAAGAUGGCUUAAUUAUCUUAGACCAGACAUAAAACAUGGAGGGUUUACUGAAGAAGAAGAUAAAAUCAUAUUUUCUCUCUACAAAAGCCUAGGAAGCAGGUGGUCGGUCAUUGCAUCAAAACUACAAGGAAGAACAGACAAUGAUGUGAAGAACUAUUGGAAUACAAAAUUGAAGAAGAAGUUCUUUGGAAAACCCAUUCAUCAGAGUGCAAUCAACAACAGUAACAUGGCCACCACAAGCAACAGCACUCAACAUAUUCAACUUAGUUCAUUGUCGGAUCAUGUCAAUAACAGUAGUUACGGGCUCUCAAAUCAGAAUUACUCUUCAACGUUACCGUUUGCCCAAGUUCAUGGCCAAGAUGAAGGUAUUGUUAAGACAGAACAACCAAUUCAUCAUUUUCCGUUACCAAGACUCAUGGAACCAUCUGAAUUUGAUUACAACAUUGUUUCAUCAUCGGCAACAUCUCAUCAACAAGAAGUUUCGGGUUCGGGGGUGGUUCCUUUACUUACUACAUCUUCAACAUCAUCAAUAGGGUUUAGUGACAACUAUAUGUCAUACUCCGGUGGUAAUAAUAAUGAUCUUAGUGCCACCACCACUACUGUUGAAAGUUAUGAUGAUGGGUUCCUAAUGGGGUUUGGCUUAAACUAUCCUUAUUCCUCCUAUGAUUUUCUUCAAGAUUUCAGCAGUAACUUUCAUGAGAAAACUAGUGAAGAAGAAGUAGUUGCUUCAAAUUCUACUAAUGGUAAUAGUGCUUUUUAUGCUAGUUUCACUUCUAGCGUUACAAACUAAUUUAAGGAAUUUUCAAUGUAAUGGUUUUCAAGAUUAUGAUGAAUAUAAUUAUUAGAAUUUGGUUUUUAGUUUUUGGA